AUGAGGAGACGAAUAGAGUUAGGUUAUGUGCUGCUUUUCGCUCUAGUUUCGCAUUUCUGCUCGUGCUCGGCGUUCUAUCUUCCGGGUUUAGCUCCUGUUAGUUUUUGCGAGGACAACAAAGGUGGUGAAGAUUGCCAGACACAGAUACAGCUGUUUGUCAAUCGCUUGGAUUCUGUGGAGUCCGUCCUGCCUUAUGAAUAUGAUGUGUUUGACUUCUGCAAGGAUGCGGAGGAAAAGAGGCCUUCGGAGAAUCUCGGGCAGGUGUUAUUUGGUGAACGUAUUGAGUCUUCCCCGUACAAGUUUAACUUUAAACAAGAUGUCAAGUGCAAGGAGGUGUGUACAAAAACAUACAAGAAGGACGUCCAAGAGGACGCAACCAAGCUGGAAUUCAUCAAAAUGGGAAUGCUGCUUAACUAUCAGCACCAUUGGAUCAUUGACAACAUGCCUGUCACGUGGUGCUAUGAUGUGGAAGACAACCAGAAAUACUGCAACCCUGGCUUCCCCAUUGGUUGCUUUGUUACUGCUGACGGACGACCUAAAGAUGCCUGUGUUAUUAAUGCCGAAUUCAACAAGAGAAAGACAUUUUAUGUCUUCAACCACGUUGACAUCAAGAUCUUUUACCACAACGGAGGGGCCGAUGGGUGGACUGGUGCUCGGCUAGUUGCUGCCACACUGGAGCCCAAGAGCAUCAAUCAUGGAAGUGCAAGUACACUGAACUGCGACAUCCUCCGCCCGAUGGAAGUCCCUACCCAGUUUGACAAUGACGUGUCCAUCGUUUACACGUACUCUGUGACAUUUGAGGAAAACAACCAGAUCAAAUGGGCUUCCAGGUGGGACUACAUCCUUGUCUCUAUGCCACACACAAACAUCCAGUGGUUCAGCAUCAUGAACUCUUUAGUUAUCGUGCUCUUCCUGUCCGGAAUGGUGGCCAUGAUCAUGCUGAGAACGCUGCACAAGGACAUUGCCAGAUACAAUCAGGUGGACCAGGCAGACAUGAUAAAACGUCCAUCGACUGGGCCAAAAUCCGAUCCGUUUUAUGAAGAUGCACAGGAGGAGUCUGGAUGGAAGCAGGUGCACGGCGAUGUCUUCCGUCCACCCAGGAAAGGCAUGCUUCUAUCCAUAUUCCUGGGACAGGGCACGCAGAUCUUCAUCAUGACCUUCAUCACACUCUUUCUGGCCUGCUUGGGCUUCCUCUCCCCAGCCAACAGGGGGGCUCUCAUGACGUGCGCCGUGGUCCUCUGGGUCCUGCUCGGAACACCUGCUGGUUACGUGUCAGCACGCCUUUACAAGACUUUUGGAGGUGAAAAGUGGAAGACAAAUGUUCUGUUGACGGCGCUACUGUGCCCUGGUAUCGUGUUUGCCGACUUCUUCCUGAUGAAUCUGAUCCUCUGGGUGGAGGGGUCGUCAGCGGCCAUCCCCUUUGGGACCUUGGUGGCCAUAUUGGCGCUUUGGUUUGGAAUUUCUGUGCCGCUCACCUUUGUCGGUGCCUACUUUGGAUUCAAGAAGCCUGCAAUUGAGCAACCAGUGAGAACGAAUCAAAUCCCACGCCAAAUUCCUGAACAGUCGUUCUUCACCAAACCCAUCCCGGGAAUCGUCAUGGGCGGAAUCCUGCCCUUCGGCUGCAUCUUCAUCCAGCUGUUUUUCAUCCUCAACAGCAUUUGGUCCCAUCAAAUGUACUACAUGUUCGGCUUCCUCUUUCUGGUGUUCAUCAUUUUGCUCAUCACUUGUUCCGAGGCCACCAUUCUGCUCUGCUACUUUCACUUAUGCGCUGAGGACUACCACUGGUGGUGGCGUUCAUUCCUAACCAGCGGUUUCACUGCGGUCUAUUUGUUCGUAUACGCCGUGCACUAUUUCUUCUCCAAGUUGCAAAUCAUCGGCGCAGCCAGCACUUUCCUAUAUUUCGGCUACACCAUGAUAAUGGUCCUCAUCUUCUUCCUCUUCACUGGCACAAUCGGCUUCUUUGCAUGCUUCUGGUUUGUAAAUAAAAUCUACAGUGUGGUCAAGGUGGACUAG